AUGGCAGCAAGCUCAGAAGAGUCGGGGACAUCGAGUUGGUACAGGGUCCCUACCUGGUCGGGCAAUCCGGCCGAGUGGAGGACUUUCCGCCGAGAGAUGAAUUGGUGGAUUGCCUCCUUGGACAGCGAAAGCUGUAAGAAGUUCAACGUUGCAGCCCGUUGGGCCUUGAGACAACAUGGAGUUGUUCGAGCUCGAUGUGAGGAAUUUGAUCCGUCGGAGUUGGUUGGCAUCCAAGAGGAAUCCAUGGAAGAUCCAGAAACAAAAGAGAAGAUCAUUGUGACACCUGCCGACCCUUUUGCUGGACUCACCAAGCUGAUGGACGCCUUGGAGGCUACCGUUGGAAAGUCGAGCUUGGACCGAAAAGGUGAACUUCGCGCCAUGUACUAUCAAGAGAUCAAAAGAAAUGCUGGCGAAAGGAUUAGUGCAUUUUGCACACGGUUCAGAACGCUUGCUGCAGAUCUCAAAAGAGAAGGCAUUGCAAUGCCUGAGGAAGAGCUUGGUUGGAUGCUUAAGGAACGCCUUGGAUUGGACCCGAUUCGCAAACAAUUGUUGGAAACCGCAUUGGCUGGUCGGGAAUCCUAUGAUGUUGUGGAAACGGAGUGCCUUCGGUUGUUUCGUGAUUUGCACACCUCCGAUCCUCUUUACAAGGCCAAGCAUGCAGACAAGCCCCCGUUGUUGCAGAGAUUUUUGCAGUCGCACAAUAGCAACACGUCGUACAGGUCCCCCAGUUCUGCCACUCGCUCUGUUCGUUCAUUCAGGUCACAGAGCUCAGCUUCAGCUUCGAGUCGGCCACCUUUCCGUCGGUUCGGAAACAGCGGUGCACCACCUCGUCAGGCUCUGGUGACAGAGCUGCCAGAGGAUGCUGAACAGUAUGAGCCCGAGCUUGAAGAAGACACUGAACUGAUUCCGGCUGAGGAAGCUUCACCCCAGUCGAUUGAAGAGGUACUUCAAGCCGAAGCUGAAUACUUGGCAAGCGAGAUCCAGGAGUUGGAGGACCAGGGUUGCGAAGCUUCAGUUUUGGAGGAGUUGGAAUCAGGCCUUGAACAGGCCGCUGAAAGCCUGGUGACCAUGCGUGAAGCCCGAAGCCGCAUUGCUGAAGUGAAGAAGGACCGCGGCUAUGGUAAGGCCGCAUCAUCAUCCUUUUCAGCUGGCAAGAAACCGCAUGGCAAUCAGGUUCCCAAGCAGAAGGCCAACACCCGUUGUUUUGAUUGUGGAGAACCUGGACAUUGGGCGGGUGACUCCGCAUGUGCAAAGCCCGGAGCUGGCUUGGAAAAGAAAGGCCGUGGCAAAGGUCUGAGCACUUCCUCUCCAGCGAAGCAAGUGCGUGUGACUGAAGCCCUCAACACGGAGCAUUUGUUGGAAAGUGAUGCAUUGGUUGAACCACCGGUUGAGCGUGAAGUGAUGAUGUUGACAACAUUGGUUGACAAGUCGGUUGACACAUUGGUUGACACAGAUGUGUUGGUUGAUCAAUCGGUUGGCAUGUCGUUGAAAGGACAGUCGGUUGCAAGGCGUGUCGAUUCAUUGGUUGAGCAUGAAGUGUUGACAUUGUCGGCAGAGACCUUUGGCCUGCCCUUGUCGGAAGUGCUGGCGCAAUCCCACGACAAAGUUGCAGCUACCUAUGAUGAUUGGCUCCACCCUUAUCACGGUCUGGGUUUCCAUUGUGCCGGUAGCAUCAUUGGGAUUAUUGUUGGGGAGAGAUUUUUGAGUGGGAUUGGUGCAGUGAUGUCGUUCGCUCGCAAGAAGCUUCGGGCGGACCUUGUCAACAAUGAGUUGCACGAUUUGGGUCAACUUGCUGCAGGACACUUCACCCUGCCUUUGCCACCAACGGGAGAUUGGAUGCGUCCGGGCACUCAACGCUGGCGAAGCUUUGGUCAAGAUGGUGUUGUCGAGAUGCAGUUGAACUGUCACGAUUGGUGGAACAAGAAACUUCUUUCUCGUUUAGCUCGUUUUGAUGUUUUGCAAGCACCUGCAGCACCGCACGAGCACCUGGUCACUGAACGUUCCUUGUCGGCAAUGGCUCAAGCGAUGACGGACACCUCAGGGAUGAUCGCCAAGUGGAGGCGCAUGGUGCUACGACAGCGGGCUCGCGCCGAAUGGCACGGCCGUGGAUUGCUCUUAUGGUUGCUGCAGCGACCGCAUCUGCGGUAUGCUCCCUUCCCAUAUCCAAGCAUCUCGAACGUCAAGCAGUGGGAGGAACAAGCGGUCUCAAUGACUGCGCAGCGGCCCAAAGCCAUCCUCAAGGAGCACUACACGAGAAGCUGCAUCAACCAGGUCUACGAGACCAAGAACCUAGUGGAACUGGGUCAGUUCCGCAAUCGUGUUGGCCUGCAAUUCGCCUUCGUAGAGGACAGCCUUCUUCAAGGAAUGCUGGCAGCCCGUGCGAACAAGGGCAUCACUACGCAGUUGAAGAAAGAAGCUUUCCAAGAGGCUCAAAUCAAGGCAGCAGCGAUGAAGUCUCAGGAAGAUCAAGAAGCUGCCGUUCGACAGCUGAUCGGACCAAAGGGUGGCCUACCGUCACUCAAAGCCGACCUCAUUCGCCUGGCUGCCCUCCUCAACGUGACCCUCGACUCCAAGAUGACCAACGAGCAGAUCAAGGCGGCUUGCCGACCCAUGAUUGCCGAGCUCAUGGCAAAACCGAAGCCGAGCAGCAGCAGUUCAAAGAGCUCGACAGAUCCGGCAAUUCCCGCCUCUCAGGCGAAAGCCAAGCCUACCUCCGCGCCACAGGUGAUGGAGGCUCCACGUCGAUUCGACGGCCCGCAGAUGAUCUCAGUUCAAGAUGUUCACGAACUGCUGGCAGCUCAGGAUCAGAAGUUCCAGACCAUGCUGAAUCAGGUCAUGCAACACGUGACCUCUCAGCCAGUCCCCAAGGCAAUGGCUGGCCAUCCGAUUCUCACCGGAUGGGACGCUCCUCCAGACGAGACCAUGGAGGACGGACGUUUUCAUGGCUGGACACCCGAGGAGAUCCGCCAGAUGAAUGCCGACCACAUUCAAGAAGAUCUGGAUUGGCGGAUGGCCAACGGCAUUCCUCCUCGGCAAGCUCAGCUGAUCUCAGAAGCCUGGAACAAGCACUGCCGAGACCGUCGUUUGGUAUCUCUGAGUGCCUAUGAGGUCAACGAGAUCUACGCUGGUGAAUGGGAAGCGACAGUGAAUGAGGCCCAAAACGAUGUCUUCCUGACCUCCGUUGUCAUUGGCCUCGAUGAUGACACCUCUCCGAAUGAAGACGCUUCUCAGAAUGUCAAGAAUCCAUCGAAUGCCAAGCUCACACCGAAUGUCAACAAGUUCAAGAAUGACUCCGGAAAGUUCGUGAAGCCAAAGACCUUCAUGAGUGAGAUCUACACCACGACUCAGAGAGUCACCAAAGCUGCACAGCAACGUGGGCACGUCACCGGAUCACCUUUGUCAUUGGAAACGGGCUGGAAUUUCUUGCGGAGUCAUGACCGCGAGGUGGCUCGAAAGCUUUUGUCUAAGGAGAUCCCCUAUUUCCUGGUGAUUGCCUUCCCUUGCAGUUUCUGGAGCAUCCUCCUGAACCUGAAUCCUCCGAAGGAUCAUGAGAGAAGGCUGAAAGAAGCGAUGCAGUUGCUCCGCUUCGCUAUACAGCUGGCUCGUGAUCAACAUGCCCGUGGUUUGCACUUCGUUCUGGAGAAUCCUCAAAGCUCCAGAGCAUGGUCUUUGGAUGAGAUGCAAAAAGCCCUGUCUGCCUUGCAAGCUCGUUUGGUGGACUUCCAUCAAUGUCGCUUUGGCCUUCGAGGACGCAAUGGACAGUUGGUCCGCAAAGCAACUCGCUUGGCUACUUCGAGCGACUACAUCGUACAGACCUUAGAUGGCAUGAAGUGCUUGGGAAACCACGACCACGAGCACGUCAUCGGUGGAGCGCACAUCUCAAGACCUUCCGGUCACUAUCCAUGGGAGCUCGCCAAGACUCUCGUGAAGGGAAUGGAAAGGCAGUUUGAAGCCGAUUUCAAAAGGCCUCACCCUGGCAAUUUGCCUGGAUCGCCUCACUCCACCUUAGCUGUUGAAGAAGGAGAAGCUGAACAUUACCCCGCUGCACUCGAUGACAGCGAUUCAGAAGCAGAGCUUCCAGAUCUUCCUGAACCUAAAGGAGAUGCCAAACUUCCAGCUGGAGUGAAGCUAGCGCUCAAAAGAUUGCACGAGAACACUGGUCACCGUUCUGGAAAACGUUUAGCCAGAGCAUUGGCCAUUGCGGGUGCGCCAGCAGAUGUGGUGAGAGGAGCCUUGCACCUACGUUGCUCCAUUUGUGAUGAGCAGCGUGCUCCCAAGGCGAGGAGACCUACCAGUUUGCCUACGCCAAAAGAUGUUGGCGACCAGGUGUUCAUCGACAUCUUCGAGGUCUUCGAUCUCCAAGAGCGCCGUUACUAUGUGGUUCAUGCAGUUGACUUCGUGUCGCGGCUUCAAAUGGCCGAAUUGGUGGACCAGAAAUCCUCAGACAUGGGCAUCAUCAAGGCUUUGGUGAAAGCACAUUCAGUGAGCGCACGAGAUGACAUGGACGUGUGCAUUCAAGAGGCUGUAGCUGCUUACAACAGCGACAUGACUGAUGCCGGUGUCACGCCCAAUCAGGCCGCUUUUGGCCGUCAGCCUCGUCUCCAUGGUGACACCCUUGGCGACUUUGGAAGAAGGUUGAGCGAGCGCGGGCUAAUCGAGUCAAAGCCCAGCCUGGCUCGACAAGUGGCCAUCAGAGAGUCAGCCCGGAUUGCUAUGUUGAGAAUGCACUUCUCCAAAGGUCUUCGACGGGCCGAAACAGCCAGAUCGAGAACAUCCACCAUUGAGCACAACCUUCAACCUGGGCAGAUAGUCUACUUCUACAGGCAGACUCGCUACAACAACAAGACCUCAGGUUCCAAGAAGCGCCUCAGUCUUCGACGAUGGCAUGGACCAGCUCUUCUCAUUGCUUUGGAGGGCCACACGAACGGCUUCGUGAGCUAUCGGGGCCAAUUGACAAAGUGCGCUCUAGAACACCUGAGGGCUGCGAGCACUAUGGAACAAGUGGCCACCUCUGUCUGGGAAGAUGCUAUUCAAGAAGUGAUUGAGGCAGCUUGCCACGACCAGUCCAGGAACUCUGAAGUUCGAGAUUCCGAAUCUGCAGUACCAGAAACAGCACGUCGUGAAGGGCAACCUCAGGAAGUGUUCGAACCUGAAACUCCAGUGAUCCCUCAAGCUCAAGGAUUACCUUCGUCCGCAGCUCCACAUGAUCUUCCUCCUCUUCAACCGCAGGAGAUGGUGGCUGGAAUGUCUCGAGCCUUGACACCAGGAGCUGAAGGAGCUUUUGGAUCGAGCACCAGAAGGAGCUCUUCAGUGAUGAGACCGAGCUUUGACCUAUCUCAGUCUCCGUUUCCGCAAACUCUUCAGAAAGCACUGCUCCAAGCACAAGAACGAGCAACCGAAGUUCCUGUUCCAGAAGCUGGCAAUAAACGCUCGGCUGAGCUUGAUGCUGAACAACUUCGGGAAGAAGUUCAAGAGGCUGAUGAGAUUCCACCUCCGGCGACUUCAGUCACUGCUCCUCAGUCCAGUGAAGUGCUGAAUGUGACCGCUUUGCCUUAUGAGGUGAUGGAACUACAAGCGAAAGCGGAACUCCAUCCUCUUAGACAACUACAAGCCUUGGCUGCUAUGGAUCGUCGCGAUCCUCUCGGAAGCAAAGUGCUAGAUCAUGGCACUUGGCGUGGUGAUUGGCCACUCCCUUCAAGGACAACCUGGCAAAGAAUGAAGCUUCUUGGUCAGACUUGGCCGCUUGGCAACCACGAAGCUGCUUCUGAAGUCCUUGCCGUCCUCACGGCCAGGAAGGAAAAGUCCUGGAACUCUUUGACAGAGUUUGAGAAAAAGGAAUUCCAUGCAGCCGCCCUCAAAGGCUGGCAAGUCUGGACAGACAAUGACGCAGUCGAGAUCCUUCCAGAUGAUGAAGCAGGGCGCAUUCGUGCGCGACUGAGAGCUGAGAACCAAAGUCACCGCAUCUUGGUCCCUCGUUAUGUGAUGGUGGACAAGAAUGACGGCCUUCGAACGGAGACCAAUCAGCUUCCCUUGCUGGCGAACGCUCGCCUGGUGGUCCCCGGGUACCAGGACAUAUCGGCCUAUGGCAUCAGAUGCGACGCCCCAACAGCGUCAAGGACAAGUCAGCAUUUGCUCCUGGCCUACACGGCUUCAAGCAAGGUCAAGAAAGGCAUCUUCGGCUUGGCAGACAGUCCGCGCCGAUGGUACCAGCGGCUCAACAAGGCGGUGAUCAAACGAGGCUGGAAGAUCUCGGUGCUAGACAGCGCCAUGUGGAUGCUAUGGAGUGAAGAUGGCUCCGAGUUGGAAGGCAUCAUGUUGUCCCACGUGGAUGACCUUUUGAUGGGUGGCAAUGAGCGUGCUCAAAAGACCCUAGAAUCUCUGGGUCAAGAACUGGGCUUUGGAUCCAUCUCCAACAAGUCCUUUGUCUACUGUGGCAAAAAGAUAGAGCAGCUCGAUGAUGGCACCAUCUCCGUGUCCAUGGAGGAGUAUCACUCGAACUUGCAGCAGAAAGUCUACAGCCAAGUCUCAUACUAUGUCCUCUUGGCAGACCGCCAACUCCUUGAUGGCAAUGAAGGACAGUUUGCGAUCCUCGACGCUCGAUCGCACAGGCUUCAAAGAGUUUGUAGAUCAACCUUCGCCGCUGAAUUGCUCGGCAUUGAGGAGGCCAUGGAUGCAGGACAGUACUGCAGAGGAGUGCUAGCUGAGGCCCAUGGCUAUGCCUUGGAUAAGAAGCCCUUCGAGGUGAGCACAGAUUCCAUCUCCAUGGUGGUUGUCACCGACUCCAAGGAUGCCUACGACAAAGGGUCGAGCUCAACCCCGUCGUAUGGGUCGCAGAAGUCACUUGCCUUCACAGUGGCUUGGAUCAGGUCCAUGCUGGCCCGGUGCAACACGAUGUUGCGUUGGACAUCCACCGAGAACCUCUUCGUGGAUUGCGGAACGAAGGACAUGGAUUCCGCCCACCUUUUGCGGAUCCUCGAUGCAUGUCGCUGGAGCAUCCGAUAUUCUCCAAGCUUUGUGAAGCAAAGCUCCAAGGGGAAGGCUGCCAAAAAGCCACGCUUCAAAGUGGACUCACUUCCGUACAGGUUCACCUUUGCCUGUCUAGAGGGAGCUCACGCCUUGACCUGGCGAAGCCUUGAAGAAGGCAUUGACAUGCGAGAUUUGAAGAACCUUCGUGCCAGGAUUUCUGAGUUGCUGAGUGCGCCCAGGAUUGCUGAGCGCACCAAGGCCAUUCAGCAGGAGGCCAAGCUGCCAGGCAGCGCUGGCAUCGUCUGCGGCACUGGCAUCGUCAGUGAUUUUGAGCACUCAGAACACGCAGCCGAUGAGGCAAUUUUGAGCUGGUGCUUUCCUGAUGUGGGUCUUGUGGCCACUCCGCCUCGCGCCCGGCCAGGAACAGCUGGCCCGAACAGCUCCGGCGCCUCCAAGGAGCAGCUCCGCGAGGCGCUGGCAGCUCGCAAGGCCAAGUUGAGGAGUCAGGCGCGCUGA